AUGGUAGAAGAGUACACCUGUGAAUAUGGCUCCGUGAAGUUUUAUGCACUGUGUGGCUUUGGUGGGGUCUUAAGUUGUGGUCUGUAUGCAGGUGGACCCACAGAAGCCUUAAUGGAUUUUCAGUUACACUCAAAGAGGAUGGUUUCCGUGGUUUGGCCAAAGGAUGGGCCCCAACCCUCAUUGGCUACUCCCUGCAGGGGCUCUGCAAGUUUGGCUUUUAUGAAGUACACCAUGAUGAAGUUUGCCUGCCCUGAACGUACUGUUGAAGCAUUGUACAAGUUUGUGGUUCCCAAGCCCCGAAGUGAAUGUUCAAAGCCAGAGCAGCUGGUUGUCACAUUUGUGGCAGGUUACAUAGCUGGAGUCUUCUGUGCCAUUGUUUCCCACCCUGCCAAUUCCAUGGUGUCUGUGUUGAAUAAAGAGAAGGGGAGCAGUGCCUCUCAGGUCCUCAAGAGACUUGCAUUUAAAGGUGUAUGGAAGGGACUCUCUGCCUGCAUCAUCAUGAUCGGCACUCUGACUGCACUACAGUGGUUUAAGGUCUAUUUCAGGCUCCCUCGCCCUCCUCCCCCUGAGAUGCCAGAGUCUCUGAAGAAGAAGCUUGGGUACACUCAGUAGAUAAAUG